AUGCCAGUUGAAAUUAGAGCAGUGGAGUCACAUAUUUCCAGACUUGUGGAGCGACAGGCAAAAGAAGAUGAUCCAUCUUCAACAAAAUGGAUCAUUGUUAUAAUUGCCAUUUUAUUGCUAGUCGUAAUUAUAAUAAUAACUGCAGCGAUAACUAUCUACAAGAGAUCUGGAAAAACGCGAAAUGUACCAUUAAGUCAAGUUCCUAUGUGCCACCCAAGUUGCAGUGGCUACAAUCGUUUCCCUCAAGAUGUCGAAGACGGAUGGAUGUCAAGUAAAUCCGAUUUGCCGCUGGCCAAGUGCCAGAGAAGUGCCCCCGUUCCUGUGCUGCCUCGGUUAGAAUCUGAGCCGGAGAGAAAGCCAGUGAAGAAACCAGAAAAGAAACCGGAGAAAAAGAAGCCAGAGAAGAAACCGGAGAAAAAAAAGCGGCAAUCUAAGGAAAAAUCAUCCGAAAAAGUGGUGCAAAAAGUAAAGAAGGUUGAACCGGUUGAGAAAAUUGUAAAAACUGAAACUAAAGUUGAGGAAACUGAAAAAACGGUUAAAAAAGAAAAGAAAGAAAAACCUAAAACUGAUACGGAAAGUGAAGAAACUGAUGUAGAGCCUCCAAAAUUUAUUAAUGGUCCAGAACUUAGGGAGAUUUUGGAUCAACAUACUAGUACUUGUAGUUGUUGCGCGUGUCGACCUAAUCCAGAUGGGACAGCAGACGAGCGAACACUUUGUUCAGAUAAAUUUUGCAAUAAUCGGAAAGCUGCCCAAGUAAUGAACCGUAUUAAACCCUUCACCAAUGAACACGUAAGAAAAUCGAGUUGGUUCAAAAAUAGAGCGAAGACAAUUUGCAAAUUUCCGAGCAGAAAACUUAGCCAGGACAAGGAAAAAUUGCCGUUGACCUGCUCGCCGGUGAAUACUGCGACAGAAGGAUCGACUACUGAAAGUCCUCCGGUGACUAAACGUAAGUCUUCGUCAAAGAGUCCUCCACCUCUACCUCCGCCUCCACCUCCACCACCGCCACCGCCUCCACCUCCACCUCCACCUCCUCUCCCCAAGGAACAAAAACGAGAGUCUAAAGCCAAAGAAAAGUCUUCGAGGAUGGAAAAAAGCCCGAGAAAAAGUUCGACGCCAAAAAGCAGCUCCAAGAGUCCGUCGAGAAGUUCAAAAAAAUCACUCCAACCUUGUGUGAAAAAUUCUUGCUCCGCUAAAAAUUCGUCGCCGCGAAAUUCGAGACCUUCAAAAAAGGAUGACAUUGACAUUGACCAAGGUUACUACGAGUUAAUGAAUAAUUUUAUUACCGGAGCGAGUGAAUUUCCAGCUCCUGAAAAAUUAGCAAGAGGCGUUUUUACUAAAGACUUAGUUCUUUAUUCGAGUUAUUAUAUGAGUGAAAUGUUGCAAGAUUUUUUACUCGAGUAUUAUCAGCAGGCAUCAAGAGCAAAAAAUGGAAUGACCAGAGACAUGGAAAAUGCAGUUGAAAGAUUGACAGAAUUAUUUACACGGUCAACAAUUCCGCCUGAAGAUGACAUGAAGAGAGUAAAUAAUUUAUUAGAAAAAUUACUAAAGUGCUUACCGGGUAAUGUUAAAAUAAAACGUAAAGCAUUGCCGCCGUUACCGUCGCCCAAUCAAGUGGAGACUCAUCUGGGAAAUGAAGAGCUGUCAAGUCUUUAUCUGGACCUCGCUGGACGCAUUGACAGAGACUUAAAGAGUAUUCGUGAUCUUGUAGACGGAGUAUUGUUGUCUGGAUGGGAAAAAGCUAGACUGUCUUUCAAUAAAGUUCAAGAUCAGCUGAGGGAAGAUCAUCUAAAUCCAAUGCUUCGGUCAUUUUCUGCGGAAAUAAAUAAAAUAAAUGACAAAGAAGAGAUUAUCAAACAACACGUGACGAAUGGCACUUGGCAAGCUUAUAAAGAACUCAAUCAACGAGUUAACUCAGCUCUGCAAUCACUUUAA